UGUUGCUGUUCAAUAUCGAAUCGAAAAACUUGUGUCAAAACUAAUUAUCACAUCCUAAUUGCUACUUCAGUAAUAAAGAAAAUUAAAUUUAAUACAGAAUAUUUAAUAAAAUAUCUCAAUUUAACUGUUAAGUUAUUAAAUAAUAGAGGUAUGAAUUCCGCGGCUAAGUUUCAAAUUAUAUUGAGCUUAGGUUAGGUGCAAUUAAAACGGAGCACAGUAGCGUCCUUUCAACUGUCAACAUUAAAUACUACAGUAACACUCAGAGAACAAUCUGGAAUUAAUACUCCAAUUUCAAAAUGAGUUAUAAUAAAAAAGUUUCGUAUUUCUAUAAUCCAGAUGUUGGAAACUUUCAUUAUGGACCAGGUCAUCCUAUGAAACCACAUAGACUUUCAGUGAUUCAUAGUCUUGUUUUAAAUUAUGGCCUUCAUAAAAAAAUGCAAAUUUACCGGCCGUAUCGAGCAUCUACUCAUGACAUGUGUCGCUUUCACUCAGAUGAAUAUGUUGAAUUUUUACAAAGAGUAACGCCACAAAAUUUACAAGGAUAUACGAAAUAUCUCGCUCACUUCAAUGUUGGCGAUGAUUGUCCAGUUUUUGAAGGCUUAUUUGAUUUUUGUUCUAUGUAUACUGGAGCUUCCUUAGAAGGUGCAACAAAACUUAAUAAUAAUUGCUGUGAUAUUGCUAUAAAUUGGAGCGGUGGAUUGCAUCAUGCCAAAAAAUUUGAAGCCUCUGGAUUUUGUUAUAUUAACGAUAUUGUUAUAGCAAUAUUAGAACUUCUGAAAUAUCAUGCUAGAGUUCUUUACAUCGAUAUUGACGUACAUCAUGGAGAUGGAGUUCAAGAAGCAUUUUAUUUGACUGAUAGAGUAAUGACUGUUUCUUUCCACAAAUAUGGUAAUUAUUUCUUUCCAGGCACUGGAGAUAUGUACGAAAUCGGAGCUGAAAGUGGGCGGUAUUAUUCUGUAAAUGUUCCUUUAAAAGAAGGCAUUGAUGAUACAUCUUACGUUCAAGUAUUUAAACCUAUUAUAUCUCAUGUGAUGGAAUUUUUCCAACCAACUGCUAUUGUACUCCAAUGUGGUGCAGAUUCACUAGCUAAUGAUCGUCUAGGUUGCUUCAGUUUAAGUACUAAAGGUCAUGGUGAAUGUGUUAAAUUUGUAAGAGAUUUGAAUGUGCCUUUAUUAACAGUUGGAGGCGGUGGAUAUACUUUAAGAAACGUAGCUAGAUGCUGGACUUAUGAAACAUCACUACUUCUUGAUGAACAAAUAAGUAAUGAGCUUCCUUACACAGAAUAUUUGGAAUAUUUUGCUCCAGAUUUCACGUUGCAUCCCGAAGUAGUAACCAGACAAGAUAACGCUAAUAGUAAACAGUACUUGGAAGCUAUUACUCGUCAUGUUUAUGAUAAUUUAAAGAUGAUACAGCAUUCACCAAGUGUUCAAAUGCAAGAUGUACCAUGUGAUGCUUUACCUCCAGAAGCAGAUCGACAACCAGAGCCUGAUCCUGAUUCAAGACAUAAUCCACAAGAUACAGAUAAACAAAUAGAGCCGGCCAACGAAUACUAUGCCGGUGAUAAAGAUCAGGAUAAAAUGGAUGGAUCUCAAUCGUGAUUUCAAAAAAUUUUUUUAAUAUUUGUAAAUAGUGAUGACAAUGUUCUAAUGUAUAUACUUUGACUUAUUACAAUAAUUGUAAAAUAAAUUAUAAAUUUUUAUAUAUAUAUAUAAUAAAGUCAUAAAUCUUUAAUCGUCA